CUUAUCACCAUCCUCAUGUCUCAACCCCCACCUUUUUCUUCUCUAACCACGACUAAAGAAAUCCCCCCUUUUUUCCCCAAAUCGAAAAAUACAUCUUCAGCUUAAAAAUUAGGUUAAAUUAAAAGUAGCAAUUACUUUACCUAAUUUAACUAAUUUCCUCUUCAUGUUCAUUCUUCAUUUCCUCUUUGCAUAUCCAAAUUUACUCCUCAUCAGAUGUUUAAACCUAAUACAUUUCCAAAUCUACAUCCGAUUUCCCCCUUAUUACAUCGCCGUCGCCGUCGCCGCUGUCAAUACAAUCAAUGGUUGGUAUUUCUCCACGUCACUGAUCCGUAAACAUCGACCGCUUUAUGUGUGAGAUUAAGAUUCUAGGGUUUCUCAUAAGGUUGCUCCUUGGCGCGGGGUAAAUGCUGCAGAUUCCGGUGUUUUUUGCGGCGGCGCUGUUAAUUUUUACGGUUAUUUUUCGGUGGACAUUGAAAAAUGAAGAGGAGAAGAAGAAUGUCGACGUUUUGGUUUCUCCACAAGCUACAAUGGCGAAUUUCAAUGCUUUUCAGGGAGAAUUAAGUAGUAAUAAUAGCUAUAAUGAUUCUAAUUUUGCGUUGAAAACACGUUAUUAUGAGUGUGCUGUUUGUUCGAAUCUCACUUCUACUAGGUGUUCCCGUUGCAAAGCUGUUCGUUAUUGUUCUAGCAAGUGCCAAAUAAUCCAUUGGAGACAAGGUCACAAGUUUGAAUGCAAUCCUCAAGUGUCCAAUGCAUUCGAGAGAGAUUAUUUAAAUGAUAAUGCAGAAACUAUGCAGCAACGUGAAACAAAUUGCAUCCCUGCUGAAGAUUUUCCAAGGAUGGAUGAGAAAAACAAAAAUAGUAAGCUGAAUGGCGAAAUUUCGGAUUCCCCUGUACCUCGUCUAUCUACCGUGACCAACGACUCUUUGGACAUUGAUAAUGGACGAAGUCUAUCUAGUGAAAAUGGGAUGCAAUUCCCUGACGUCAAAUCUUCAAGGGGCCUAAGAGAAGAUAAGACUAAUACAUCUGACACAAAUUCAAAAACGGGGUCGGGAUUCAAUGUUAAAAAUUUGAACAGAGGAAAAUCAAGACAAAAUGACAAAAGAAAAUCCAGGCUUUCGAACACAGACCUUUCUCCAGGAUUUAGACAAGACAAUUCUUCUGAUAGAAAUGUUCCUGACAAUAUCGAUUCUUCCAGACCCAAAGAGGUUCCACUUGUGGAUGAUGAGGGACAGAAGCCUUCACAUACAGUCAAGCAUGAGAAUUUCAAAUCUUUGGCCAGUAAAAGUUCUAGCAAAAGUUUAUUGCCAUCAAGAAGCAGUAGUAGUUCUAGCCAGAUUCCAUAUAAUGGCUUCAAAGUGUCUUUUCAAAAAGUUGUGCAUCUUUUCAAAACCUCUCAUCAAAAGAAACCCCCUCCGCAUAAUAGUUUGAUCGGAAUAUUGGAUAAUCGUAAAUAUAAGGCAGUAUUUCAGUAUGAUGCAUUUUUGAAACUAUACUCCUGUAAUGAUGUUGAAUUGAAACCAUUCGGCCUUACAAACUGUGGAAACAGUUGCUAUGCAAAUGCUGUGCUCCAAUGCCUUGCUUACACUCGGCCCUUGACAAUGUAUCUCCUUCAAGGACUUCAUUCUAAAGAAUGCUGGAAGGAAAAAUGGUGUUUUGUUUGUGAGUUUGAACAUCUUAUGCUAAAGGGAAAGGAAGGUUACACUCCACUAUCCCCCAUUCGAAUCCUCUCUAACAUUACUCAUCUUGGUCAUGGAAGAGAAGAAGAUGCCCAUGAGUUUUUGAGGUAUGCUGUUGAUUCUAUGCAGUCGGUUUGUGUUGAGCUAGCUGGACUUGCAGGUUCAGUGGCUGAAGAAAGCACUCUCGUUGGCAUGACAUUUGUAGGCUAUCUUCAUUCUAAGAUAAGAUGCAUGAAGUGCCACUUUAAAUCAGAGAUAUAUGAAAGGAUGAUGGACCUCACUGUAGAGAUAGAGGGGGAUAUCAGGACUCUGGAACAAGCACUUAAAAGAUUUACGGCUUCUGAAAUGUUAGAGGGAGAUAACAAAUACUAUUGCAGCAGAUGUAAAUCUUAUGAGAAAGCUAAGAAGAAGUUGACUGUAUUUCAAGCACCAAACAUCCUUACAAUCAUGCUUAAGCGAUUUCAGGCGGAAAAUUUUACGAAGUUAAGAAAACCUGUUAAGUUUCCCGAAAUUCUGAACAUGACUCCUUAUAUGAGUCACUCAAGUGAUAAAGACCCUCAAUACAGUCUAUAUGCUGUAGUAGUUCAUUUGGAUGUCUCGAGUCCUGAAUUUUCUGGUCAUUAUGUUUGCUACGUGAAGACUUACAGUGAUGAGUGGUUCAAGAUUGAUGACAGUGUGGUUGUUAGCGUGGAUCUGGAGAGGGUCUUAUCAGUAGAGGCUUAUAUGCUUCUCUAUGCAAGGAACACUCCAAGAAUGCCAUCAUCUGUCAGGAGUUUUUAUGAUGGCAAGCUUAGUGUGAUGAAUUUUGCAGCUGAUUCUGCUGGUCAUUCUCAGCCUAAGAUCAGGCAUAGUGGUUCAGAUGUUGGUGUUGAUCCUUUGGUGAUGCAGCGUCAGUCAAGUAAAAGUGGUUAUGCAAAGGACCCGUCGUUUGUAGAGGAGUGGGUUACUCACUCUGUUGAAAGCAUUCCAAGGGUGGAUUCAUCAAGUGAGGUCUCCUCCUUGUUCAGCUACUCAGAAGAGGGCACGUGUAGUACACCAAGCACCAAAGAUUCUGUAAGCAUGGAUGACUUUUCCGAUUACCUGUUUGGGAGAGGUGGUGUUGCUGGUCACUGAGCUCCAAUUGGUUCUGUGAGGCAACUUGAUAGGACUUUGAGCUGCCAUUUUUUGAUUUUUGACGGCACUUUGAUUGAUAUCAAUUGUUGGCAGCGAUCGUAAUGGGUUUCAUAACCAUUGAAAUCUCAUGUCAAAGUCCAUGGAAAUUAAAUUCCAUCUUUGAGCAUGUGUUCCCCCCAAGUAUACAAUCCAUUUCUCGGUUGGCCACGUCAAGAAUGGUAAUGGAAAAGAAACACGUAUUUGAGAGGGAGUUUCAUCAUCAUGAUUCAUGUACGUUGACAUUGGGUUCCUCUUGUGACGCAGACCCAUUACCAUCACUACCACUGAAUGGCUGUACAAACUCAGGAAUUGGAACUGCCCGAAAUAUGAAGUACAGGUUAUGCUCUGCGAAGUUGUAUAUUUUGUAAUUCAACAACCCGACAUCCAAAUGGUAGGACUUAUUUACUAGGUUAGUGUUUGGGUAAAAUUAAGUUCCAUCUUUUGCUCGCUUAAAUUAGGCAGAGUAAAGUUAAGUUCAAAUGGUUUUAUUCAAAUUUGAGCUUUUAAGUUAAGUGGGUGGAGAGAUGGAGUUUUUUGAAGUCACUGUAUAGGAUAAAAACCUAUUUGUUGUUACAAAAUUUUCCUAUUGGAGGCUUAGUUAUAGUAUAUUUUUUGACAGAAAGGCCUAUUUGUGUAUCAAAUGUAACUUCAUAUAUGCUUCUUGAUGUAAUUUUUUAUAUACUCCCCAAUUCUAAUCUUA